CGCGAGUGUCAGCCCUUCAGCCUUCCUGUUCGCUCGCAAGGCCGCCCAUGUCUUGUCUACGUUUUCACAUCCCCCUUCCCUCCCUUUUCCUCUGUGCAUUUCCUUUCUUCUACGAAGCGGUCGCCGGUCUCACCGCGAUUGGCCAACUGCCGCCCUAGCUUGGACAACUUAAAGCCGAUUCCUCGCCUUUUAAUUCCCGCAUCUCUUAUUCUUCCAUAAGCCGUCGCGGUCAUGCCUCUGGGUUCGUGGCUUGGCGGGAAGGGCAAAGCCCACUUACAUGGCUCCACGCACUCAUUGAGUGCGCUGGAUGAGCCGCAGCAGCUCGAAGAUGCUAUACGCGCCGUAUCGCAUAUUAUGAACGAUGAUGUAGAAACUGCCGAUAAGCUCCUGGGAGACGGAGCCUCCCCAUUUCACAAGCUGGGCAAGGGAGUGGUCGUAUUCAUGCGGGCAACUCUCGGCUUCGAGCAGGAUGUUAUGAAAGAAGCCUCCGAUGUACUUUCCACAGCCGAGAAUAGCGCAUACGAUCACCACCGGAAAGCACAACGUCACUCGCCUCAGUCGUCCAUAUACCCUGCCGGCUCGGAAUUUGCGUCGUGCCUCGCUCAAGCGCAACUGAUGAGCGCCAUUGUCGGUGUAUUGAACGAGAGCUUGACAGAAAGUAUCCGCGGUUUCUACAAGCUACGGAAAGCUUUCAUCGCUUUGGAUGCUAUCAUGGAAGCGGAGAAAGCCAAGCUUGAGGGGAAAAGCGUGCCGGGCAGCUCGCGGGUGUCUCUUCACUCCGAAGUGUCAAAGGCUGGUAGCGCAUCUGGGGCGGCCAAGUCUAUAUCUGCUUCGUCCGGAUCUACAUUGGUUAAAGACGACGAGUUAGCUUUAUCCGGAGCGCCUAAAGGCGAACUUGAAACCGAUACACCGCAGUCGGAGAAGGAUGAGUUCUACGAUGCCGAUGAAGCACACGAAGGCGUCCCGACGCCGCCUGUCUAUGAAGGGCACCUUGAUAUUAAAGGGCAUAUCGAGGUACCACCGGGAGCAUUGCCUUCUUACAAAGGAUCACCUGCGAUGUCAACAGUAGCCCGGGAUCUUGGUACGAUGAGCAUAUCUGACGAUGCUGAUGGUCCGGAUCCUGAGGUCUUUAACAACGACACAACGGACAUCUUCAUCCAUUCAGGAGCCAACAUGUGUUUUGGCAUCUUGAUGCUCGUCAUUUCGCUGAUUCCCCCUGCAUUCGCAACGCUUCUCAAGAUUGUCGGGUUCAAGGGCGAUCGUCAGCGCGGCAUAUCCAUGCUUUGGCAAGCCACUAAGUUCAAUAACAUCUACGGUGGUUUGGCAGGUCUCGUGAUUUUGGGAUACUACAACGGAAUGGUAGGUUUCUGCGACAUUGUACCCGAAUCUGGCGAAGGCUCCUACCCGAAGGAACGAUGCAAAGCUCUGCUUGCUGAGAUGAGGAGACGGUACCCGCAAAGCCACCUCUGGAUGCUGGAAGACGCACGGAUGCUCGCAAGCGACAAGGAACUGGAACAGGCCAUUGAAGUGAUGAAGAAAGCGAGCAAGUCGCAGCUCAAGCAGGUCGAGGCACUGCAGUGGUUCGAGCGCUCUUUGGACCACAUGUACGCACACCAGUACGAGGAGUGUAGCCAUGCAUUCCAGACGUGUGUCACACUGAACAACUGGUCACACGGAUUGUACUACUACAUCGCAGGCUGUGCGCACGUGGAGCUAUACCGCUCCUUCAAGGCCGCGAGCAGAGAAGACGUCAAUGCAUCCAAGCUGGCGCAAGAGCACAAGGAUAAGGCGGAGAAGCUGCUGAAGCUGGUGCCGCAGCACACGGGUAAGAAGCGCUUCAUGGCUCGGCAGCUGCCCUUCGACAUUUUCGUGAACCGCAAGCUGCAAAAGUGGGAGCGCCGCGCCGCGGAGUGGAAGUGUGAUUUCAUCGACGCAAUCGGUGUGAGCCCCAUUGAGGAAGUCAUCUACUUCUGGAACGGAUACAAGCGCAUGCGGCCCGAGCACCUGCAGCGCUCACUGGAUGCGCUAGCAUGGUCAACAUCCCCGGGAAAUAACCCGCACUGGGAGAAAGAAGGCCUGGACGAGCACGCUAUCCUUUCGUUGCUGAAGGCGACGGCGCUACGCAACUUGAAGUAUACGGCUGAGGCAAAGGACUUGCUGCUCGACCAGAUCAUCAGCCACGACUGGCAGGAGUUCAAGGGCCAGUUCAAGGACAACUGGACCUGUCCAGCCGCGCACUACGAGAUGGCAGCGAACCUGUGGCAGGAGUGCGAGUCUGGCGCUGGGGCCGGCGCAGGGGACGCGCAGCGCUUGAAGGAGUGCAGUGUUUGGCUGGAGAAGGUGGCGCGAUGGGAGAGCUACGAUCUAGACACGAGAAUCGGGUUGAAGGUCACAACGGCUAGGGACACGCUUAGGAGCCGCGGCGUCGAGACCGCGGCGUAGAAUAUAGAAGGGAUGCGGCUUUUGUGGUUGGCAGCUUCGUGCAGGUGGGCGGUGGCUAGCCGUGAGGCGUUGGAGGGGUUGCAAAUGCAAACAGAUACUAUGUGGUACUACUUGGCUGGGAGAUGCCUGGCCUUCUUAUAAACACGUAUACAUGUAAGAUUUUGAACGUCGUAAUAUGCGUGUGCGUUAAAGGACGUUUUGUGA